UUAUUGUAUACAUACUUUCCUGUUACUGCAGUUAUUGUAUACAUACUUUCCUGUUACCACAAUUAUUUUAUACAUCCUGUUAUACUGUUACUACAGUUAUUUUACGCGCUCUAUUCCUGUCACUACGGUUAUUUUAGGCAUUCUUUCUGUAACUACGGUUUUUUGAUACACCCCUUUCUGUUACCAAAGUUAUUUUACGCACUCUAA